UGAUUUCAAUACCAAACGGACUGGCUACAAGAAGCAAAGCUCACGGGCGACGGAGCGUUUCUCCGCAUAAUUUUGUUAGCUACACAUUUUCUGAAGAUAAACGCCAUUCUUUUUACUAAUGUAUGGACUUGGGACUCAGACAAUGUAGCCUAUCAGAAAAGGAAAUUAAAUGUUUGCCGACGACAUUGUUAGCUGAGUGGUUUUGAACGAGUUUGACAUUUCGAGACAAUGGAGGAAUCGAAUAAAUUCAUUCGACUGUGCACCUUUGAGAGUUUUAAGGAAAUUUGGUCUCAUUACGGUUUCGGCACAGACCAAAGAGACCUAAUACAACGUGAAUUUACAAGGAUAAAAGAUGUUACAUACCUUGAUCAUGCGGGGACAACGCUCUUUCCCGAAUCUCUGAUUAAGAGGUUUUAUGAGGAUAUAACCAGAAAUCUGUAUGGCAAUCCUCACAGUCACAAUCCCAGCAGUCAGAUGACACAUGACACAGUGGAAAGUGUCAGAUACAGGAUACUGGAGCACUUGAACACCAGCCCAGAGGAAUACUCCGUAAUCUUCACCGCUGGCUGCACUGCUGCCCUUAAACUAGUGGCUGACUCUUUCCCCUGGGUGUCUGCCUCAGCUGAAGGCUCAGGAAGUCUGUUCUGCUACCUCACUGACAAUCACACAUCUGUGGUGGGCAUCCAUGGAGUGACUGGCCCUCAAGGAGUUGGAACAGUUCCUGUUUUACCUCAGGAGGUAGAAGCAAGAGCCCAAAAUAACCCAUUGUCUGGCAGUGAUGGGGAUGAAUGCUUAGUGCCCCAUCUUUUCUGUUACCCUGCCCAGAGCAACUUCUCUGGGCGGAAAUAUCCACUGAGUUAUGUGAGAGGGAUUCAGUCUCAGUGCCUCUACCCAGCAUGUGAGCACAGAGGUCGAUGGUUUGUUCUGUUGGACGCUGCCUGUUUCGUUGGCUGCUCGCCAUUGGACCUGAAACAGCACCCAGCUGAUUUUGUGCCCAUAUCUUUUUAUAAAAUGUUUGGCUUCCCUACUGGACUUGGAGCCUUGCUGGUGAGGAACGAAGUGGCUGGGCUGCUGAGAAAGAGCUAUUUUGGAGGAGGGACUGUGUCUGCUUAUCUGGUGGACGAGGACUAUUUUGUCCCAAAACCACAUAUAGCAAGCAGAUUUGAAGAUGGCACUAUAUCAUUCCUUGACAUUAUUUCUCUUCAUCAUGGUUUUGAUGCCCUCCUCAAAUUCACUGGAGGUAUGGUAAACAUUCAGCUUCACACAUUUGGUUUGGCUCGUUACACAUACAUGAUUCUGUCUUGCCUGCGCCAUAGCAAUGGGAGGCCUGUGGCCCAAAUUUACUGUGACAAUGAGUUUGAGAAUGCAGCUGAGCAGGGAGCUGUUAUUAACUUCAACCUGCUGGACGGCUAUGGAAGAGUGGUUGGAUAUUCACAGGUAGAUAAAAUGGCCAGUUUAUUCAAUAUUCAUCUGCGGACAGGCUGUUUCUGUAACACAGGGGCUUGUCAGGCCUAUUUAAACAUCAGCAACCAGCAGGUAAAGAGUAACUUGGAGGCUGGCCAUGUGUGUGGGGACAAUAUUGAUCUCAUUGAAGGUCGGCCUACUGGGUCCAUCCGGAUAUCUUUUGGAUACAUUUCAUCAUUUGAAGACUGUAAGAGAUUUCUAAAAUUCAUCGCUAACAACUUUGUGGCUAAACCUCUGAGACUGGCCCAAGAGAGGCUAGCAAGGUUACAGUCAGCUUCAGCAGCAGAAGGCUGCUCUUCCUCAGAGGAGCUUACCACAGCACCAACCCCUGGGCCAGCGAGGUACGGCCUGGAUAUUUCUCCUGCUCCCAGCCCCGAGACCCUGACACAAGAAGCUUUUCUAAAGGCUGAAAAGAGCAGUGGGAAGACCUGUACACUGACCAAUAUCUUUAUAUAUCCCAUUAAGUCAUGUGCGGCAUUUGAGGUGACAGAGUGGCCCUUGGGUCCACAGGGCUUGUUGUAUGACCACAUGUGGAUGGUAGUGAAUGAGAAUGGGGUGUGUCUAAGCCAGAAGCGAGAGCCAAAACUGUGUCUCAUCCACCCACACAUAUGUCUAGCCUCCAACACACUGCGCUUGCAGGCCUCAGGUAUGGAUCCUAUCUCUCUUCCUCUGGAGACCAGUGAAGAAAGCCCUGGUCCAAGAACCUGUCGGAGCAAGAUCUGUGGGGACAGGGUGCAGACAGUUGACUGUGGGGAGAGAGUAUCGCUUUGGCUCUCUGAGUUCCUGGAAAAACCUUGCAGUCUUAUUAGGCAGAGUCCUGAUUUCACCCGGCAUAUGAAAAUCGGCCAAGAGGACGGGGUCAGCCCUGUUGCUCUCUCUCUAGUGAACGAGGCCCAGUUUUUGCUGAUUAACAGAGCUAGUGUGGCCCUUCUGAUGGAUUACAUCAUUAACAGACAGGACAGCUCAAAUAAUGGCACACCUAUUGAUGUGCUGCAACUUAUUCUUCGUUUCCGAGCUAACCUUGUUAUCUCUGGCCUUGUGCCAUUUGAAGAGGAAGAGUGGUCUCAUGUGAAACUAGGAGGUGCACUGUUUCAGAUGGUUGGCAGGUGUGGUCGUUGCCAGAUGAUUGGAAUAGAUCAGAAAACUGGCACUAGAACCCAGGAGCCUCUCAGGUCUCUGUCUGAAUGCCGGAAUGGGAAGGUUACCUUUGGUGUAUACUUGUGUCAUCAACCACAGAGAAACCCCAGUGCAUAUGUUUCUUUAUCUGUUGGGUCCCAUAUGACUGCAGAGACACUAAAAUAAGCAAAUGUAUUUUGCUUAUUGUAGAAAUCCAAAGUAACUCUGGGAUUCAUUUAAUCUGUCUGGAAAGUGGCUGUGUAAGAUUUACAUCAGUUUUCCACUAAGAAUUCUGGAGCCAAGAUGGAUGGCCUGAGCACUGUUUUCUACACAUGCUCCCAAGCUGAGACACUUUUCAUAAGGCUAUGCCUAAGAUUAGUCAAUGGAUUGUUGACAUAUACUGUAUGUGUAUACGGAGGUUUUUUUCAUGGACUAAGAACAUUACUGUUAAGUAUGAACACACUGUGUUCAAAUACUUAUGUUUUUUUAAGUUAUUUUAAAUUAUUAAUUAUUUGAGUAAUUCAUUUAGUCAAUUUUGUUUUAAAUAAAAAUGACAGUUUCAAAGAAUAAGUUUAAGUUUUGACUCCCAAGUUUUACCUGGAUAUGAGUUACAGUUUAUGAUCCAAUGAAAUUCUGAUUUUACAAAGGUAUGUCCCUAACUCUACCAAAAAAAAAAAAUCCAAAACAAACAAAAAACAACUAGCCACAGAAGAUAUGCAUGAUCGCAUAUAACAAAGUGUUACAUGGUUAAACAAGUAAUGUGCACAUUUUAUGUCUGAGACAAAGAUAUUAAAGCCACUGUGUACUGAAUAUUGAUGCCCUGCAGUGUGCACUCCUAACCACCUCAUAUCCUUCAGGCCUCAUCUGGUGGGCUGGCUAAUGAAGGCCAUUCCCUGCAGUGAAAUUCUUUGUCUAUGAAGGGCUGGCUUGCAUGCAGAGCCACUGCCUAUUCUGAAAUCCGCCUCAAAAAUGCCAACCCUCUCCAAACAUUUCCUGUUCUUGUCCUAGGACAACAGUGGAGGGACUGUUACUGGAAGCUGAAGGCAAAGGCCUGGCUGAGACACUCAUGUGUUCUGCUGAGAGGAGCGGUGGUAUACAAGGUGGCAUGCAUAUCUCAUGCAUAUUUCCUGGUCUCCAAUUCCGGCUGCAUAAGCCACUUUUGAGCAACACAGACUACUUUUCCAAAGGAUGUUCACCAACUUCUGAAAAGAACUUGUCUUAACUAUAGACUUGACAAUUACUAAAUAAAAUUAAUUGCCUUAAUUGCAUACAGUGGAAAUAAAUAGCUCAUAUUCAGAA